AGAAACCUAUAUCAGUUUUCGUCAGUCAGUCUCAAGACAACGACACAGACCUACUUGUCAAAAUGUUCAAAUUGGUGGUGUUGUUUGCUCUCGUAGCCCUUACCGUUGCUAAACCCAGUGGUGUGUACCUAGAAAGCCCAUUAGUCGAGACGUACAGUUUACCAGUAGUUUCUUCCGGCGUCAGUCACACAUACAGGAAAGAUGUCAUUAGUGAACCUGCCGUAGUAGCCUACUCUGCUCCUGCUGUAGUCUCCGCCCCCGUCGUUCAAGAAGUUGUAGCUCCAGUAGUAACCAAAGUAGCUUCCCCAGUUCUAGCAGUUCCUUCAGCUGUCAGCCACACCUACAGAAAGGAUGUCAUCAGUGAACCCGUCGUUGCUGUCCACUCUGCUCCAACUGUAGUAGCUUCCCCAGUUGUUGAACAGGUUGUAGCUAAAGUAGCUGUACCAUCUGCAGUUAGCCACACCUACAGAAAGGAUGUCAUCAGCGAACCCGUCGUUGCCGUUCACUCUGCUCCCGCUGUAGUUGCCUCUCCAGUUGUUGAACAAGUAGUAGCUAAAGUAGCUGUACCAUCUGCAGUUAGCCACAGCUACAGAAAAGAUGUCAUCAGUGAACCCGUUGUGGCUGUACACUCCGCUCCAGUAGUGGCUGAAGUUGCUUCCCCUGUGGUUGCUGCCCAUUACUCAGCUCCCGUUGCCUUAUCUUCCGCUGUAAGCCACAGUUACAGAAGUGAUCUCCACCAGCCCAUUGUUGCCUCUUACUCUCUCCCAGCUGUAGAAUAUUCCCAUGUUGGACAUGUUGCCCCAGUUGCUUAUUCUGCUCACGUACCUGCUGUUCAUGCUUGGUAAAGAGAGGACUGACGAAAAAGAUCCAUUAAUGUUAAAAUUGUGUAUAUUUAUUUGAACAAAUAAAAGAUAUAUAAAUUCGAA